CGAUCUCAGAAUAGUCUCGGAAUAGUACGUGACGAGAGGAAACUCCCGUCGGAAUAGUACAUGACGAGAGAAAAGUCUCGUCUAAGUUGGAAUCGAUAGGGAGGAGCUUCGCCCGCAGUACCGCCGAUCAGUGAUCUCCGAGAGAAAGAUCGGAGACAGAGAGAUAGAAACAGAGAGCCACCACCUUGACCAAUUAAAGUCAGAACCCGGAGAAAAAGAGGGAGGAAGAGCAAUAUCACCUUGACCAUUUAAGGCAUGAAUUGUGAGAAGGUAAGCGAGAGACAGAGAGAGGGAUCCUUUCCCAAGAAGGAGUUGAAGAUUUCUUCUCUCGUGGUGAAGAGGCUGUCGAUCAGGGGAAGUAAUCUCCGAUCAGCUCUCCGUUGGUAGGUGUAUUUAAAGAGCCUCGACGGGGGGAGAUGGGGCAUAUUAAACAGCAAGGGCAGGCAAGCACUUCAUCCAUAGCCAACCACAUAGGGACGGCGUCGGAGACGGAAAGGACGUCGUGCCUUUCGUUUCUCGGAGCCGGAUUGCAGGCGGUGUGCUGCGGAGGAGGGAGCAAGAGAAAGAAGAAGCAGAGGACGAAGAUGAGGAAUAUCAGAGUGGAGGCAGUGGUGGUGCUGCAGAUGAAGAACGUGCUCGAUUUCAACGACAUGCUGGGCCACCGCGUCUCCCUCCAGCUCGUCAGCGCCGUCCAGGCCGAUCCCGAGAACGAAACGCGGCCGAGAGUCGGGGAGCCGGCAUUCUUGGAGGAUUGGCCAAAGCUUCCGGCAGCAGUUGCCGUCCGCGAUACCACAUUCAAGGUGGAGUUUUACUUGGACGAGGAGUUUGGCACGCCCGGAGCAUUCAUCAUCAGGAACCUUCAUAAGAGCGAGUUUUAUCUCAAGACGAUGACGCUCCAGAACGUGCCCGGUAAAGGGAAGGUUCACUUCGCCUGCUACUCCUGGGUCUAUCCUGCCGACAAAUACAAGUACGACCGUGUUUUCUUCGCCAACCAGAGCUAUCUCCCAAGCGAGACGCCAGCCCCAUUGAAGACGUUGAGGGAGACAGAACUGAUGCACCUGAGAGGAGAUGGCAUGGGCGAGCUUCAGAAAUGGGACCGGGUCUACGACUACGCGUUCUAUAAUGACCUCGGCGAUCCGGACAAGGGGGAGGACAAAGCCCGACCCAUUCUUGGUGGGUCCGUGGAGUAUCCGUACCCGCGGAGAGGAAGAACGGGCCGCCCGCCCACUCAGUCUGAUCCAAAAACAGAGAGCAGAUUGUCUGUGUUGAACUGCCUCGACAUUUAUGUUCCACGAGACGAGCGAUUUGGGCAACGGAAAAUGUCCGAUUUUCUUGCAUCUGCUUCGAAAUCCAUAGUGCAGAUCCUGGUUCCUGAAUCGAAAGCCCUUUUUGACAAGACUCCCGACGAGUUCGACACGUUCCAAGAUGUUUUCAAUCUUUAUGAAGGAGGCAUCAAGCUGCCGGAUUCCCCUGCUCUUAACAAAGUUAAGGACAUGAUUCCAUUGGAGAUGAUCAAGGAGCUGGUUCGCAGUGACGGGGAACAGCUCCUCAAGUUCCCCAUGCCUCGAGUGAUUAAGCAUGACAAGAGUGCAUGGAGGACCGAUGAAGAGUUUGCGAGAGAGAUGCUUGCCGGAAUUAAUCCGGUUGUUAUUAGUCUUCUUGAGGAAUUCCCUCCAAAAAGCAAGCUUGAUCCAGCAAUUUAUGGCCCACAAAUAAGCACGAUAACAGCAGAACACAUAGAGAAGUUCCGACAAGGUUUGACAGUUGAAGAGGCCUUGAACAAGCACAGGCUUUUCAUCCUGGAUCACUAUGAUGCAAUCAUGCCUUAUGUUAACCGAAUCAACACCACAGGCAACAAGAUCUAUGCUUCAAGAACGCUGCUCUUCCUCAAGGAUGAUGGCACGUUGACACCCUUGGCUAUUGAGCUCUGCUUGCCAAACCAUGAAGGCCAAGACCAUGGUGCAGUCAGGAAGGUUUAUACUCCAGCAGAUUAUGGGGUUGAAGCCUCUCUCUGGGAUCUUGCAAAAGCGUAUGCUGCUGUUAAUGAUGCAGGACACCAUCAACUGAUAAGUCACUGGCUGAACACACAUGCAACAAUGGAGCCAUUUGUGAUUGCAACCAAUAGGCAAUUGAGCGUGAUGCAUCCGAUCUACAAGCUCCUCCAGCCUCAUCUCCGGGACACCAUGUACAUCAAUGCCGUUGGGAGGCAGAUCCUCCUCAAUGCCGGUGGCGUGAUUGAAAAGACCGUCUUCCCCGCCAGAUAUGCCAUGGAGAUGUCUUCUGUGGUUUACAAGAGCUGGAACUUCACAGAGCAGGGCCUCCCUGCUGAUCUUCUCAAAAGGGGAAUCGCAGUGCAAGAUUCAAGUAAGCCUCAUGGUCUCCGCCUAUUGAUCGAGGACUACCCAUAUGCAGUGGACGGCCUGGAAAUAUGGUUUGCAAUCCGGGACUGGGUCCAUAACUAUUGUUCCAUCUACUACAAAUCAGACCAUGUCAUUCAGUCCGAUACAGAGCUCCAGGCAUGGUGGCAUGAGGUCCGAUACGUUGCACAUGGUGACAAAAAGCACGAACCCUGGUGGCCCAAGAUGCAAAACCUACAUGAGCUCGUCGAGUCAUUGACCACCAUCAUCUGGGUCGCGUCGGCACUUCAUGCUGCGCUCAACUUUGGCCAGUACCCAUAUGCCGGGUUCCUCCCGAACCGACCAACAUUGAGCCGGCGGUUCAUGCCCGAGCCCGGGACGAAGGAAUAUGCCGAGUUGGAAAAGGACCCCGAGUCAGUCUUCUUGAAGACCAUCACUGCCCAGAUGCAAACUCUGCUGGGGAUCUCAGUGAUUGAGAUCUUGUCCAGGCAUUCGUCGGACGAGGUCUACCUUGGCCAGAACAUUGACAAGGAGUGGAGUGGUGAUGAGGAGGCGCUGUUCGCCUUCGGCCAGUUUGGGGACCGACUCGUGGAUAUUGAAAAUUGGAUAAAGCAGAUGAACGGUGAAUCGGAUAAGUGGAAGAAUCGAAACGGACCGGUACAUAUUCCCUACACCCUCCUAUACCCAAACACAUCUGAUUUAUCUGGGGUUGGAGGAUUGACUGGAAAAGGGAUCCCCAACAGUACCUCCAUUUAGACAAUGCAUCCAACUCUACACUUUUUGGUGUGUAAUUUGGUUAAAGGUUAUGUGUCCCUUAAAAACAUGGUUCAUGGCUUCGUGUAUUUAUGAUUGUAUUAUAUUGUAAUAAAGGGUGUGCACAGACCAGCAGAGAAUAGAGCAGAAAGUUUUGCAUUCACUUGUGUUAUUGAUGUAAGUGUUCUCCCAAUUCAAGUGGUCAUUGUAUUUUAGGUUUUCUUUGUCUUCAAUAAAACGAUCAAUUCCAUUA